AUGUUCAAAUCGAUAUCCAAAAGCUUCAGAUCAAAGCCUAUAGCCGUGCAGCCGACGGUGGUGGGCACAGACCUGUUCAACCAGAAAGACCUGAUUGCGACGCUCAAGACGGGCUCAACGAGCGCCAAAAUCGCUGCCGUCCGCCAGUUGAUCUCCUCCAUCAAGACUGUAAGCAUCUCGUCUAUCCCGGAGCUUUGGUUUCUCGCCAAACAAAACCUCGAGCUUUCAAACUCGGACCAGCUUCGUCUGGAGACGUUCAAUUUGUUUCUCACCUGCAUUGAGGCAAGCGACCACUCAACACCCACGAAGAUGGCGUACUACAAGGAUAUACUCGAAUAUCUCGAGUCGGACAUCGAUUACAGCGUCCAAAGUCUGAAGCUGCUCACAAACGACGGCCGCGAUAUUUAUGAUCUGCUAAUUUAUCAGCCAUAUCCGCUUUUCAAGUACCUGUGGAGCACACUAAACAACCUGCCCCAACGAGAAGAGUCACAGACAGAGUUCACCCUGUUCCUUGCAAACUGUCUAAAAUUCAACUUCAACCUGUUCGAAUCCAAGGAUCUUGCCAAAAUGCUCUCCAAGGUUCUGGAUUUGGCCACGCUCGCUGCCAACAUAGAAACGCUCACCGCAUACUUCCAGAUUAUAGACACAUACAUAUCUUUCGGCAGCGUCCCGCCGUCCAGCGUACGCGAUAUCGUCGACAUUCUCGGCAGAGCCAAGCUGCUCGGCACUAUUCAGCUGGACCACACGAUCGACGGCAUUUUGGUGGCGCUUCUGAGCAGCCCGAAUUAUUCUCUGCUGACUUUUGUGAAGUGCUCUGAAAUUAUUGGAGCCGAGGAAAGACCCGCAUACGGCUGUCUUGUGUUUGUGCAAACAUAUUUGAAUUACUACAGAGACACAUCCAAGGUCGGCAGACUGGUCACGGACGUGCUGGAGACCGCCAGCGGGCUGCUGCCGCCGGCUAUUGCGUCCUGUCCGGCACAGACGCAGCCGGCCGUGGCCAACGCUAUUUGCUCUGUCGUUCUCUCGCUGCUUGACUUGGGCCUUCUUUCGCAACGACAGCUUAUGGAUGCGCGGUUCUGGGACUGUCUGAUGGCUAUAGACGGCGACUCCGUGGACGAGUUGAUUUUGGCACGGCUCUUUGACCGUCUGCAGGCCGCCAAUAAUCCCUUAUGGCGCGAACACACCCUCCGGCUAUUUGAGAAGAAUAAAAACCGGCUGUCGGAGUCGCAGCUGGACUACGUCAUCGACAGCUACAGCUCUGAGCUCAAAUGUGUAGCCAUCACCGAAGACUGGCAGCAGAACUGCGAGUCGCUCAUCAGCACCUUUGGCACCACCGAGAAGGUGCUUGCAGUCCUGGAGCUGGCUUUUUUCGAGUCGCUGGACAUCUGCGAAAACCGCGAGCCUCUCAACCAUUAUCUGGAUUUUUUCCUCAGUGACGGCUUCUGGAACCUCGCCAGCUAUCGCGACACACUCGCAAAAAUUCUGCUCCGCAUAGACAACCAGCUAUUGGAGUCGCUCAUCGCCAAAUUCCCCUCUGCCGCAGUGUUCACCCAGCACGUCGUGUAUUCGCUGCUCGCUCUUUGUCAGAGCUCGCGCAACACCUACAAAGCCGGUGCUGUCUUCGACUAUCUCCUGAAACUGGCUUCGUCCACCAUUUCUGCCGACCACGACACUUUCCUCACCAUCGCACGGCUCAUGGCGCGCGCCAGACCCGCAGACGACUACAUACAUUUUGUCGACGUCUGCGACGUGGACGGACUGUGCCACAACCUGGGAAGAAACGUCGACACCGGCCACGCUCGCGACGAGAGCUGGAAAUGGCAGUAUCCGGAGACACUUACGUAUCUGCCGCGGGAGCUGCUCGAAAAGUGCAGCCACAGGUGUCUCAAACGAAGCGACCUGAGCGGCUGGCUCGAACUGGUCGUCUUGACGCUCGAGACGUUCGUCGAUUGGGAGGUCUACUCGUUCGUGCUCGGCCAUCUGUGUCCGCAGCUGGCGUACCCGUCGCUGUUCCCGUCCCACAACCAGAUCCUGCGGCUGCUCCGCACUCUCUGCCACCAGCUGCAGCUGCGGUUCCCGUCGUCUUUCCGCCCGGUGGCUGUGUCGAAAACAGACGUCCAGGUCGCGCUGAUCCGCACGCUGUCGGCCAUUCCGGCGUACCAGGCGCUUUUUUCCAGAACAGAGGAAGACCUGCUGAUCAGCUCUGUGAUCUCGGCACUCAAGUCCUGGGACAAGACCGGCAUACCGUGUCUGCACUUCCUUAUCGUCUCGUGCUACGAGUUUUCUGCCUCGAUCAAACGGUUUCUGGGGCCCAUUCUCAGCGUUCUGCAGACCAGACUGUCCACCGCUGCUACCGCUGCCCCCAUCUUGGACCUCCUGUUUAGUCUUUCGGAACUGCCCGCUCUAAUCUCAAACCUCACCACCGAGGACUACAAGCGCAUAUUUGCCAUCGCGUUCAAGUACAUCGAGUACUCCAAGGACGCGUUCCAGAACAAAAAAGAGCACGACGUGGACUACCUGGACUCCUCGCUCGACAGACUGCCUUCGACCCAGUCGUUCGAGGUCAGCCAGCAGCUGCUGCUGUUCCUGACGGCGAUGUCGUACCGUGCGGUCUGCGGCUGGUUUCUCAAGCUUUCGAUGGACCAGCGCAGCCAACUCGUUGACUUCAUCAAUAAAAAUCUGGUAGCUCUCGGAUUGGAAGAUACGAAAAAUAAAGUGCACUACGAGGCCAUCAACCGGUUUGCGACGGCUGAAAACAGCGCGAGACAGAUUUUCGCCAUCGACACAGAAACUGAAGACAACAAGGACUACGACACGCGCCAUUGGCUCCACGGAGAUGGGCUCCUCACGGUCUCGAGCCACAGACACACGCCCAGGUCGCUGCUCACGUUGCGUCGAUCGACCGCGAUCGACCGCUUCGAGGUGAGGCUGCCAGCGCGCCACGCACACACGUCCCUCAUGCCGUCGUUCGUGGUUUCCGCGCUCCUGGGAGCGGAAAACGCCGCGCUGAGGCCCCUGGAGAUGGACGACCAGACCAGACGGUCCGUGGCGGUGAUGGACCGGAUCCCGGUGGUGAACCUGCACAAAAUCGGCGUGGUGUACAUUGGCCGCGGACAGACGACCGAAAAGGACAUUCUGAGCAACCAGUUCGGGUCGGAGGCGUACGAGGCGUUUCUGACGCGGCUCGGAAAGCUUAUUCGGCUGCGUGGCUGCAAGGACUACUACGUUGGCGGACUGGACACGCAGAACGACCAGGACGGCGAGUACACGGUGCAUCACCACUCGCCGGUGACACACGUGUGUUUCCACGUGACGACGAUGAUGCCGCACGGCACCGACGACGCCGUGAGCAGCAAGAAGCGGCACAUAGGCAACGACUUUGUGAACAUCUACUGGAACGACUCGGGCGAGCCGUUUCUGUUCCACAAGAUCGCGUCGCAGUUCAAUUUCAUGAGCAUUGUCAUCGAGCCGUGCGCGGGACGCUGCUACCGCGUGAAGAUAUUCCGAAAGGCAGGAAUACCGGGCAUCUUCAGCACGACUCACUUCAAGCUCAUCAGCGAGCACAACCUGCCGAGCUACAUCCGCAACGUGAGCACGCUGUGCGGCCAGUUCUGCGAGAUCUGGACCAACUCGGACUGGCAGUUCAACUGGGAGCGCCGCUACAAACAGCUGCAGACAAUCAGGGCAAGAGCUAAAUAG